GCGCCUUGAUUUCUGGGUCUAACUAACUGUUGGUGCCAUGGCGCUUCCCGCGCUGGCGAUUACCGCGCUGCUGGGCUGGGCUUCCGCAGCCACUGCCGCGGCCGGCGCGGCCGAUGCGGCCGAAGCGCCUCCGGGGCAGAUUUGGCCGGAGGUGCGGGCGCCGGCUGGGCGCCUGCGGGGCGCAAAGCGGGGCCAGCUCCACGUCUUUUUGGGGGUGCCCUACGCCGAGCCGCCGCUGGGCAGCCGCAGGUGGCGGCCCCCCACGGCCCUCCCGGCCUGGGAGGGUCUCAGGGAUGCCACGAAGUAUGGGGACUACUGCAUGCAGGAGGAGGGCGGCAGCGAAGAUUGCCUCUACCUGAACGUCUUCAUGCCGGAGGAGGCUCAGAAUCUCACCGGCCUGCCGUGCAUGGUGUGGAUUCACGGGGGCGCCUACGAGUCCGGGAAGAGCGACUUGUACGACCCAAGCAACAUCACAGAGCUUCUGCGGUCCAAGGGGUUGCCAGCCAUUCUGGUGACCAUCAACUAUCGCCUCAACGUCUUCGGCUUCCUGGGCAGCGGCUCCCUGGCGACCCGAGACGCCACCGGCUCCACCGGGAACUACGGCAUCCAGGACCAGCGCAUGGCACUCCAAUGGGUGCAAAACAACAUCGCCGCCUUCGGGGGAGACCCGCAGAAGGUGAUGAUUUUCGGGCAGUCGGCAGGGGCUGGAAGCGUGUCGAUGCAUUUGGCCAUGCCCGCCUCGCAAGACUUGUUCUCCUCGGCGCUCAUGGAGUCGGGGGGCUUCUCCGGCUGGAGCGCGCAGCCAAUGAAACUCAGCGAGCAAUGGUACUCAAAGCUGCUGAACCAGACAGGGUGUCCGGACGUGGCAUGCCUGUUGGCGCUGCCGGCGGACCAGCUCAGGGCGGCCUAUCUGCAGAUCCCCCACGGCAGGUGUUGCGAGGACCUCAUGGGCAACGCCUUCAUCCCCUGGGCCCCCACGGUGGACGGCGUGGAGCUCGCGCAGCACCCGCUGGACUUGGCCAAAGCCGGAAAGGUGAAUCGAGUGCCCACGGUGAUCGGCACCAACAUGGACGACGGCGCCAGCUGGUCCUUGGAUUACAACCAAACGGAGUCCGACUUCAAAGCCAUGUUCGCCAAGCAGUACGGCUCAGCGGCCGCCGCGGAGGUCUACCUCAACGCCUCCCACCCGCGCAUGGCGGCGCGCAGCGACGGGUGGUGGGCCUACGACCGGGCGGUGACGGAUCAGAACUUCUUUUGCUCCACGCUGGAGGCUGCGAAGGGGCUCCAGCAGCCGGUGUUCCAAUACCUGUUCAACUUCUCCGACAGCCGCACCCCAGUGGUGCAGCACUCUGAUGAGCUCCCCUUCGUCUUCAAGAAUUUGCCUUCCGACGCCACGGGCGACGAAGAGUCUUUGUCCGAGGAGGUGCUGUUGUCUUGGUAUCGCCUGGCCGCCUUUGGGAACCCCGGGAACCCCAAGCGACCCUGGCCUUCCGCCACGCAGGGCUCGUUGCUGCUCUUCCAGACCGCGGCCCAAGGCGGAUCUCAGGUGCUGAAGUCGGACUCGCGGGAGAAGGCGUGCGAGUUCAUGGGGGCCUGGCUGAGCCGCGACAUCCAUCGCUUCGACCAGACGGUGGUCGUGGUGUGAGAGCCUUCGGUCGCUUCGGUCGCCGCUUUUGAACGCGAAAUUUGAGCGACCCGGCCAUGAACCCCAAGGGACCGCUGGAAAGAUGACGC